AUGAAUAUUAAAAGCAUUAGCCCCGAGCACUUGGAAAUGUUGAAGAAAGAAUGUCAACAUUCUAAAGAAACAAAAAAAAUUAAAAAAGAAGAGGAUGACAAACCUAAAAAUCCUAACACUAAAUCCCAAACUAGUGAUAGGAACACCAAACGUCAACACAGAUCUUACAAAGAAGAGCAAAUAAAAGAACUCAAGGAUAUUGUAGCUCUUAAACAAUUUUCAACAACACAAGCCGGCUUUAUAGUAGGUAUAAACGAAAGGACUGCUCGCUACUAUAUGAAGGAGUACAAAAAUGACGAAGCAAAAGGCCUUCCAGGCCGAAAAAGCAAGAAUAUAAAAACAGGAAAGCUUGAACAGCUUCACAAGGAGUUCCUCGAUAGCUUUUUUGCUAAUAAUUCUGAAGCAAUGGCCUGGCAAGCAAGAGAUGCAUUACUUGAAAGUUUCCCUGAAAUUGGAUCGAUUAGUCUCUUAAGUCUUUACGAAUACCUUGAUGAGUCUCCUUCGACUUUUAGAAAUUUGAAAUCUGUAGUAGUACCAAGAAAAACUCAAAUUACUUUGGAGAGCGAACCCAAACCCAACAUAGAUUGGAAUCAAAGCUGUGUCUUCAUCAGUAAAGCAGGUUUCCAAUUACACACUGGCCAAUCCAAGAAGGGCAUGUCUGUCAAGUCUAAAGCGACCGUUUUUAAGGCAACUUGUGAAAAUGGUGUUAUUGAACCCACGCCUUGUGGAACAAAAAAGCCCGAGAAAAAGGCAGAUGCUCGAAUGCGUGCAAAUGCAAAAGAAGUGACUGAAGAAGAUAUGAAAGACUGGAUAAGCUAUUCCAAAUCAUUUUAUAAUCAAUACCGGGUCCUUGAGCAAAAGAUAAAGCUUAUCUGA